GGCCGAGAGCGGAAAAGUUUCGGCCGCGGUCAUUAUUUCAAUAAUUUGCAAGAGAAGGAAGAAGAAGAGAAAGGUGAAGGAAGUGUGGGAGAGGGAAUGGCUAAGAAGAAGAACGGAGCGAGGGGUUUUUAGGCAGUUGUUAGAGGAGUUAAGGCUGGAGGACGAGUGUAAUUACAGGCGAUACUUACGGAUGGACACGGAAACAUUUCAGAACCUUCUUGAAAAAGUGACACCGUUAAUUGAAAAGAAAGAGACCAACAUGAGACAGCCAAUACCACCUGGAGAACGUCUGGCAGUGACCUUGAGGUUUUUGGCUACUGGAGAGAAAUUUUCCAGUCUUCAGUACCAGUUCAGAAUCAGUGUGCCAUCCCUGUCAGUCAUUAUUCCAGAAGUGUGUCAAGCCAUCUUUCAGGUCCUUAAGGACGAUUACUUCAAAUGCCCAAGUACUCCAGAGGAGUGGUUACCAAUAGCACAGCUGUUUCAUGACCGUUGGCAGUUGCCGCAUUGCAUUGGUGCUGCUGAUGGAAAACAUGUACGUAUCCUCCAUCCACGCAACUCUGGUUCUGAAUUCUACAAUUACAAGGGUUUCUUCAGUGUUGUGUUGCUUGCAGUUGUAGAUGCAGAUUACAAAUUUAUAUUUGCUGAUGUGGGCUGUCAAGGCAGAAUAAGUGAUGGUGGUGUACUCAGAAACAGCCUGUUUUGGAAAGCUCUGGUCAAUGACUCUCUUGGCUUACCCCAGCCGAGAUUGCUUCCUGAGUCAGCAGACAAAUCUUUUGAUGGCAGCUACACCCAAAAUCCAUUGCCUUUUUAUCUAGCUGGAGAUGAUGCUUUUCCACUAGAGAAUAACAUCAUGAAGCCUUAUUCACAGAGAAAUCUUUCAGAUGAGAAAAGGAUCUUCAACCACAGGCUUUCCAGAGCACGACGGAUCAGUGAGAAUGUUUUUGGCAUUUUGACAAGCAGGUUUGGGGUAUUUUCAACUGUUAUAUGUACAAAGCCAGAGAGUGCUGUCAAUAUUGUCCUUUGUGCAAUAGCUCUGCACAACUUUUUAAGAUCAAGAGUUCCAGAAAGGUACAUCCCCACUGGGGCCCUUGACAUGGAGAACUCCAAUGGUGUGGUAAAUGAAGGUUCCUGGAGACAUGACGUUGCUACAAUCCCAUUUGCAAAUGUCCCAAAUUCUCGAAAGGGAAGGCAACCAAGGAAGGCAGAGGAAAUGAGGGACCAGUUAUGCAACUACCUCAAUGGUCCAGGCCAAGUUCCAUGGCAGUGGAAUGUCUUAAUUUAACUUUUAAAACAGUAAGCAAAUU